AUUUUGUGCGAAAUAUUUGCAGUAAAUGAUAGUCAUUUUUUAAAAAUAUUCAUUCACCUUGAAGUGAGAGUUAAAUCAAGCUAGUUUUUUUCAAUCAUUUUUAAAGUUCAACCAAAUCAAGGUGAAAUCAGCUGUAUUUGUUUGCAUCAAGAAAAAUAUGCUGUCAUUAAAGCAAUGCGUUCAAGUACUGUCGAUGCGAUGCAUUUCAAUGUCAGCGUCAAAACUGAAAUAUGUUAAUGUAGCGGUUGAUGAUAAGACGGGUAUUGCAACGGUAGAAAUGAAUCGACCACCGGUGAAUAGUUUGAAUACACCACUGCUGCAAGAGUUGUCCACCACAUUGUCUGACCUGACCAAAAAUAAGUCACGAGGAUUAAUUUUAACAUCGUCAUCGCCCACUGUAUUCUCUGCCGGAUUGGAUAUAUUGGAAAUGUACAAACCUGAUCCAGAAAGAGUGAAACUCUUUUGGACAACUGUACAAGAAGUUUGGCUCAAGUUAUAUGGCUCAGUCUAUCCAACAGCUGCUGCCAUUAACGGUCAUUCUCCGGCUGGCGGAUGUUUAUUGGCGUUGAGUUGUGAAUAUCGUGUUAUGGCCCCGAAGCUGACUAUCGGUUUGAAUGAAACACGCUUAGGUAUAGUUGCGCCAACAUGGUUUCAGGCUUCCAUGCAAAAUGUUAUGUCGGUGCGAGAUACAGAGAAAGCAUUGACCUUGGGCACAAUGUUCUCAACUGAUGAAGCAUUAAAAGUAGGCCUCAUUGAUGAAGUGGCCAGCGAUAAGCAGGAUGCAAUUAAACGCUGUGAACAGUUUCUACUGCAAUUUGCCAAAAUUUCCGUUGAAGCAAGAGCAAUGACCAAGCGGAAUUGUCGCGGAAAGGCUAUUGCCGACCUAGAGAAUAAUCGUGAAGCAGACCUUCAGAAUUUUUUGGGUUUUGUCAACAGUCCAAAAGUACAAAGAGGCUUGGAAUUAUAUUUGGAAAGUCUCAAGGCAAAAAAAUAAUCAUAAAUACAAUAAUAUUAUCACUUAUUUGAACACAACACGUGCGUUUCUUGUUUUUAAAAAAAAUCUGUUUAUUUUUAUCUAAGAAUAAAAAAAACAUUUCGUUUUCACAUAAAAUUAA